AUGUCGAAACGGCUGCUACGAGAUAUCCAGUCAAUUAAGGAGGACCAGGACUGGAAAUUCACGGUCACACCUAGCGAAUCGGACAUCAGCCAGCUUCGGGCCACGUUCGAAGGACCAAGCAACUCGCCGUACGACGGAGGCGUCUUUGUGGUUGAUAUUUCCGUGCCGAACGAGUACCCCCUGAAACCGCCCAAGGUCAAGUUUGAAACCCGGUUGUUCCACCCGAACGUGUCGUCCCAGACCGGAGCAAUUUGUUUGGAUAUUCUCAAAAAUGCAUGGACUCCUGUCUACACCAUCAAGAGCAUUCUGAUUUCUCUGCAACAGCUUCUGGACUCGCCGAACCCCAGCGACCCCCAGGAUGCAGAGGUUGCGGCUGUCUACCUCAAGGACCGCAACCAGUUUGAUAUCACGGCUGCCCAGUGGACUCGUCAGUAUGCACAGCCCGCCGCGACCGGUCCCAAAAUUGACCAAGCUUCGCUGGAUCGGUUUGCGUCGAUGGGAUUCCCUCCGGAGCAGGUUGCUCCUGUUAUGGAGAAGCUCGGCCUCGAGCGGGUAGAAGACGACGACCAGGUCAAUCGUGUAGUCGAGGCUCUCUUGCAGUGA